CGCUGGCUCAUUUAGCCGCCUUCCGUUCUUUGCGCUACUCCAGCGGAUGAGCCAACCCCGAGGAAAGGGGCGCCCUUGUGACCGGAGGAGGGUUGGAUUCUCCCCGGCUGGUGACCUCCUGCUCCGGGGGACAAAUCCUCCCCCCAGCUGGCGUCACCUCUCCUCCGGCAGACCGAGGGCGACGGAGCCCACCGAUGCGUCCGGCAGCCCCUGAUGCUCGCCAGUGCUCCGGGGCUUUCCGGUCGGUGGGAGAGGCUCGAGCCGCGGCCGCGCGCUAGGAUGCUGCGCCAGGUGUUGCACGCAGGCCUGAGGACCUCGUUCCACGCGCUCGGUCGGUUCGUGGCGAGCCACCCGGUGUUCUUCGCGUCGGCGCCCGUGCUCCUCUCCAUCCUGCUGGGGGCCAGCUUCAGCCGGUACCGCGUGGAGGAGGACGUGGGGAGCCUGCUCGCCCCGAAGCACAGCCUGGCCAAGAUAGAGGGCAACCUGGUGGACAGCCUGUUCCCCGUGAACCGCUCCAAGCACGCGCUCUACUCCGACCUGCAGACGCCGGGCCGCUACGGGCGCGUGAUCGUCACCACCCGAAAGGGGAGCGUGCUGGACCCGGUUCACCUGGACACCGUCCUAAAGCUCCACAAGCGGAUCUACCAGAUGCAGGUGACGGUCCCGGCCACCGGUGUCAACAGCUUCAACUACUCCUUCUCCUACCUCUGUCUCCCCGACGACAAGAACGUCUGCAUCAUCGACGACAUCAUCCGCGCCAUGGAGGAGAUCCAGUCGGCGCGCACCUCCAACAGCUCGGCCCCGCCCCUGCGCUACCCCAUCACGGAGCUGGCGGACGGACGGCAGGCGUACAUCGGCCACCAGCUGGGCGGCGUGCAGGGCUGGGCGCCAACGGGGGCGGCGCGAGGUCAGGGGGCCGCGGGGGCCAGGGGCGAGGGUGUGCGGUCCGCCCGGGCCCUGCAGCUCACCUACUACCUCCAGGCCCGCGGCGGCCUGAUGGACCGGGUGGCCAGCCAGUGGGAAAAGGCCUUCUGCGCCGAGCUACAGCGCUUUGCGGCGUCGCACCCCAAACUGGGGCUGUACCCUUCCACUUCCUCUUCCCUGAGGACGGACUUCCAGUUCUCCUCGGUGCUGGCGCACCGGCCCCUGUUGGCCAGCCUGGGGGCGUGCGGCGUGCUGGUCGUCCUGUGCUGCUCCAUGAGGGACUGCGUGAGGUCCAAGCCCUGGUUGGGACUCCUGGCUCUGCUGUCGAUCACGCUGUCCGGCCUCACUGCUGCCGGGAUACUCAACCUGACCGGCGCCACCUACAACUCGACGUACCUGGGCAUCCCCUUCGUCAUGCUCGGUCACGGACUCUUCGGCUCCUUCGAGAUGCUGUCGUCAUGGAGACGGACCCGGGAGGACCAGCAUGUGAAGGAGCGCGUGGCGAGCGUCUUCGAGGACGUCAUGCUGCGGCUCUCGGGCUCCACCAUGCUCCACCUGAUGACCCUUGGCCUGGCCGCCUCGCCGCUCACCAACAUGGAGGCCGUCCGCCUCUUCUGCCGCACCGCCGCCCUGGCCGUCACCAUCAGCUAUGUUUACAUGUUGUCCUUCUACAGCUCCUGCCUGGUGUUCACCGGAUACCUGGAGACCGGGUACAGACACGGCUGCUUCUGCCGGCGGGUCCCCAAACCGGACCGGCUGGACUCCAAGCCGGCCUGGUACCGGUGCCUCAUGUACACUCGCUACCAGGACGAGGCGCCCGCGACCAACCCGCCGCCGCCGCACGGGGUCGAUCCCGCCCACGCAGCGAACUCCAGCCUGGCGAACACGCACGCGGCGAACCACUCGGCGGCGGAUGGACUCGUCGCCAACUCCGCACACGCUCAUCCUCAUCCUCAUCCCCAUCCCCAUCCUCAUCCUCACCCACACCCGCUCACGCAUUCCACAGCGAACAUGGACCCCAAUCCUCAGGACUCUCACCUGCUGCUGGGGUGUGUGAGGCGUUGCUAUGGCGACUGGAUCACCAACACCUAUGUGAAACCCUUUGUGGUUCUGCUGUAUCUGGUUUACAUCUCGUUUGGAUUGAUGGGCUUCCUGCAGGUGAACCAGGGCUCAGACCCCAGUGCACUGGUUGCCAUGGACACCGCGACAGUAUUGUACACCCGCGCCCAGCAGCGCUACUUCAGCUCGUACUCCCCAGUCAUUGGAUUUUACAUCUACGAAAGCGCCCCCUACUGGAACGCCUCGGUGCAGAGGGACCUGCUGGAGUACGCCAAGGGCUUCCAGCGAAUCAGCUGGCUGGAAGCGUACCUGAACUACCUGACGGAUCGCAACCAGUCCACCAGCCAGCCGCGGGAAAACUUCACCAACACGCUGCGCCACGCCUUCCUCCGCGAGCCGCAGUUCGCCCACUUCGCCGACGACAUCAUCUUCGCGGAGCGCGGCCAGGGCGAGGAGCCCGACGUGGCGGCGUCCCGCAUCUUCCUGGUGGCCAAGACGACGGAGAACAAGCGCGAGGAGAUGUCGGUGCUGCUGGACACGCUGCGCCGCCUGUCGCUGACCUCCCGCGUCCGCUUCCUGAUCUUCAACCCCUCCUUCGUGUACCUGGACCGCUACGCCGCGGCGGUCAGCUCCCCCCUCAGACACUCCCUGCUGGCGGUGCUCUUCCUGCUGGGCCUGUCCUCGCUGGCCGUGGUGGAGCCGCUGGUGUCCGUGUGGCUGGGCCUCACGGUGCUCUCGGUCCAGUUCGGGGUGCUGGGCUUCAUGACGCUGUGGGGCGUGGAGUUGGACUGCAUGUCGGUGAUGUGCCUGAUCUCGGCCCUGGGCCACUCGGCGGACUGCAGCGGCCCGCUCCUCUGCGGCUUCUCCUCGGGCCGCGGCGACAGCCGGACUCGCUGGGUGAGGGUGGCGCUGGAGAGGCACGGCGUGCCCUCCCUGCAGACGCUAAUCUGCUACGGCGCCGCCCUGGCGCCCGUCGGCGCCGUGCGCUCCAACCUCACACACACACUGUUCCGCUGCCUCGCCCUCACGGCCGGCUGCUCGGCCCUGCACACGCUGGCGUUCCUGCCCACCCUCCUCACCUUCCUGCCGCCCUCCAAGAGCCGGGGGCAGCCGCCCGACGGCGAGGCGCAGAGACAGGAGGUGGAGUGCGUUGAAAUGAACGACAGCACGCGGGUGGUGGACCAGAUCACCACUGUCUGAGCGCGUGGCGGCGGCGGUGGGGGUGAUGUUGUUGUUGUUUUUCUUUUAUUAGUUUCCCCCCCCC